AUGCGGUGCUUCAAAAGGCUGUUGAAGCUAUUAAUGUUGAUGGUGAUAUCUCUGAAAGAAGCCGUAGCUAUUCCGUACCACGGAUCGCAAAAAUUCCUCGGCUAUGAUUACUGGACGCGGCGGUAUCCUUCUUUAGGAUACACCGAUUGGGACGGGUUCUGGAACAAUUAUUACAGCGGACGAACUCAGUAUAAGCGACCGUCUUCUGAAACGUCGGGACAGGCGUGUACGGGCUGUCAGUGUGAUACCCUUCUGCAAGAACUCCGAUGUUUUGACUCGUCCAGUUCAGAUGAUUCAGAAGAAAGCAGUUCUGAGGAAGAGGAAUCAUUGAAAAGAGAAACAAAAUCAAAAGCUGUUAAGAAGGAAACUGCAAAGAAGAAAGAAGCAGAUAAGGCAUUAAACUCACAUAAGACUUCGUCUGAUUCAAGCUCUGAUGAAGAUGAUGAAGCUACAAAGAACAUUACCACCUCAAGCAUGGAAAUAUCGAAAUCUAGUGCUAAGAGAUCUUCUUCAGAAUCAAGUUCGGAGGACAAUGAACCAGCUAAGAAAGCAACAAGUUCUAAAAUGAAUGCAAAAGAGAAAGACAGCAAGAUGGAAUCCAAAGCUGACAGUUCAUCAGAAUCAAGCUCAGAACAAGAAGAAAAACCCGCAAAGAAAGUAACUCAGACAAAUGUUAAAGAAAAAAGUAACAAAGUGGAAUCCACAGAUGAUAGUUCGUCAGAAUCAGGCUCAGAAGAAGAAGAAAAACCCGCAAAGAAAGUAACUAAGACAAAUGUUAAAGAAAAAAGCAACAAAGUGGAAUCCAAAGAUGACAGUUCGUCAGAAUCAAGCUCAGAACAAGAAGAAAAACCCGCAAAGAAAGUAACUCAGACAAAUGUUAAAGAAAAAAGUAACAAAGUGGAAUCCACAGAUGAUAGUUCGUCAGAAUCAGGCUCAGAAGAAGAAGAAAAACCCGCAAAGAAAGUAACUAAGACAAAUGUUAAAGAAAAAAGCAACAAAGUGGAAUAUGAUAGUUCAUCAAGCUCAGAACAAGAAGAAAAACCCGCAAAGAAAGUAACUCAGACAAAUGUUAAAGAAAAAAGUAACAAAGUGGAAUCCACAGAUGAUAGUUCGUCAGAAUCAGGCUCAGAAGAAGAAGAAAAACCCGCAAAGAAAGUAACUAAGACAAAUGUUAAAGAAAAAAGCAACAAAGUGGAAUCCAAAGAUGACAGUUCGUCAGAAUCAAGCUCAGAACAAGAAGAAAAACCCGCAAAGAAAGUAACUCAGACAAAUGUUAAAGAAAAAAGUAACAAAGUGGAAUCCACAGAUGAUAGUUCGUCAGAAUCAGGCUCAGAAGAAGAAGAAAAACCCGCAAAGAAAGUAACUAAGACAAAUGUUAAAGAAAAAAGCAACAAAGUGGAAUCAAGCUCAGAACAAGAAGAAAAACCCGCAAAGAAAGUAACUCAGACAAAUGUUAAAGAAAAAAGUAACAAAGUGGAAUCCACAGAUGAUAGUUCGUCAGAAUCAAGCUCAGAAGAAGAAGAAAAACCCGCAAAGAAAGUAACUAAAACAAUUGUUAAAGAAAAAAGCAACAAAGUGGAAUCCAAAGCUGAAAGUUCGUCAGAAUCAAGCUCAGAAGAAGAAGAAAAACCCGCAAAGAAAGUAACUAAGACAAAUAUUAAAGAAAAAAGCAACAAAGUGGAAUCUAAAGAUGAUAGUUCGUCAGAAUCAAGCUCAGAAGAAGAAGAAAAACCCGCAAAGAAAGUAACUCAGACAAUUGUUAAAGAAAAAAGCAACAAAGUGGAAUCCAAAGCUGACAGUUCGUCAGAAUCAAGCUCAGAAGAAGAAGAAAAACCUGCAAAGAAAGUAACUAAGACAAAUAUUAAAGAAAAAAGUAACAAAGUGGAAUCCAAACAUGACAUUUCGUCAGAAUCAAGUUCAGAAGAAGAUGACCAUACAAAGGAAGUAACAAAAUCGAACAUGAAUGGAAAAAAGAAAACCAAAACAGCGAAAUCUAAAGGGGAAAGCUCAUCAGAAUCAAGUUCUGACGAAGAUGAACCCGCUAGGAAAGUAACAAAAUCAAAUGUGAAUGGAAAAGAGAAAAACAAACCAGCGAAAUCUAAAGAGGAAAGCUCAUCAGAAUCAAGGUCUGAAGAAGAUCAACCAAAGAAGAAGGUAAAAAAAUCGAAAGCGAAUGGAAAGGUGAAAAGCAAAGCACCAAAAUCCAAAAAUGACAGUUCAUCAGAAUCAAGCUCUGAAGAAGAAGGUGAACCAAAGAAAGUGGAAAAGUCAAACGUUAAUAAAAGAGAUGAAAGCAAGAAAACAGAAUCAUCUGAUGAUGACUCAAGCUCGGAUGAAUCCAUGGAAGUUUCAGUAGACACGUCAAAAACAGCCGGUUCUAUGGCAGAUAGCUCGCAGGGUUCCACAGGACUGUCAAGGAACAAAGCGGCUAAGAAAGUACAAGAGAGUAAUGACACAGAAUCAUCUACUGAGAGUUCUAAGUCAGGGGAAUUAGAAGCAACUUUACCAGUCACAAAUUCAAUUAAAAAAGAUAAUAAGAAGGCAAAAAUUGAUGAACCACAAGCAUCAUCAACACCGUCGUUAAAUCAAAAAGGAGGCAAACAAAAAGGGGACAGUAAGAUAAAAACUCCUUUCAGAAGAGUAAAGGAAGAGGAGAUAACAGUGGAUCCAAGGUUAAAGGAUAACAGCUUCGAAGGGAAGGUAAGGAGUGUCUUUCUGGUGAAAUUUAUAUAAUAACCCAAGUUAUUCUCGCAUUUUGAUUGGUUCUUGCCUAUGAUCUAUUAGAGGACA